AAGCUCCUCCUCCCGCUCCGAUACGAUGGGAAGUCGGUGAUCGAAUGCAACCGCUUCAUCUCGCAGUUGCUCAUCUACUGGACGAUCAACACGGCCCUCUCUUCCCUCGAGCUGAAGAUCCAGGUUGCCCUCAGUCUCCUCGAUGGUGACGCGCGAGCUUGGGCCACCCCCAUCUUCUCCCAGCUUGCCUCCGUCCAAAUCGGGAUCCAGGGAGCGACAACCCCCUUCGUCGACGAAAAGGCCUUCCUUCAGGCAUUCAAGGCCCGCUUUGGCAAUCUCGACGACGCCGCUGCGGCACAGGUGGAGCUUACCAAGCUCUGCUCCGACAAAACCAUGCGCGAGAAGCGCACCGCCGCAGAAUUCUCUGCGCUGUUCAAGGGUCCGGCGGACCGUUCCGGGUAUGGGAACCUGGAACUACGCUACAAGUACCUGAGCGGCAUCCCUUCCCGCGUCUAUCGCAAACUCGAGCUCGAAACCUUUGCCACGUGGCAAGCCGCUGACAAGCAUGCCACCGAGGUCGAGCAAAUCCUUGAUCUUCUUCUCGGCACGAGGUCGAGGACGCGGUGGGGCACGUGGUGGUGCACCCUCGAUGCAUGCAGCUUCGGCCAGCAUCAAUGCGGCCGUCGGAAAAGGCAACUUCCCCGGCACCUGCUUCGGCUGUGGGAAGCAAGGGUACCGACGUUUCGAGUGCCCCAAUUGUAA